AUGAUUAUCGUAUCUGACAUCGUCACUCUCAAGGAUCGGGGCAAGUAUCAGGGGAUUUUGGGUGCGGCCUUAGGGCUCGGUAACGUUAUUGGUCCGUUCAUAGCUGCAGCGUUCGUAAUGGACUCGACCUGGCGAGGGUUUUUUUGGCUCAUAUCACCGCUCUCUGCAUGCUCUAUCAUCGUGGGCUAUCUCCUGAUCCCAAACAAUGCGCAAAAAGGGAGCUUCCGGAAGAAUGUCCGCCGCAUCGACUUUUACGGUAUCCUGGCGUCGUCCGUUGGGAUCAUUUUCUUACUCAUCCCUAUCUCGGGAGGCGGUUCUUACUUUAAUUGGGACUCCGCGAUGGUCAUAAGCAUGCUCACGAUUGGUGCUUGCGCAUUGAUUGCGUUUAUCUUGAUCGAAUGGAAAGUAGCCGUUUUGCCUAUGCUUCCAGUGGUGUUUUUCCAGAACAACGUGAUCUGUGCUCUGUUCUUGCAGAGUUUCCUUCUAGGAGCUGUCUACCAGUCCUAUCUCUACUACCUGCCAUUGUACUACCAGAAUGCUCGCGAUUGGUCUCCGAUUGUCUCGGCUGCACUGACAGCCCCGAUGGUAGCCUGUCAAUCGCUGUCCUCCAUCUGCUCUGGCCAGUACAUUUCGCGGCGUAAACGUUACGGAGAAGUGAUUUGGGUUGGCUUUUUUCUCUGGACACUGGGGGCCGGGUUGAUGCUGUUAUUUGACCGGCACACCAGCCCCGCGGCUAUUGCUGUCAUCGUUGCCAUCGCUGGGAUAGGCGUCGGUGGCGUCUUCCAACCGACCUUGGUCGCCUUUCAAGCGCACUGUACCAAGGCGCAGCGAGCCGUCGUCAUCUCGGACCGGAACUUCUUCCGCUGCUUAGGAGGUGCAUGCGGCCUGGCCGUGUCGGCCGCACUCUUGCAGGCAACGCUGCGAUCCAACCUUCCCGCAGGAUACAAAGAUAUUGCUCAGUCGUCCUACUCGCUCCCAUCAAGGUCCGGUAUCUCCGACGCCGACUGGGAUCAGAUCCUUAGCGCAUAUGCCAAAGCCUCCCACUCGGUGUUUAUCCUGCAGGUCCCGCUGAUUGGAAUAUGUUUGAUUGCAUGUGUUUUCCUCCGGGACCGAGGUUUGGAGAGACCCAAGGAUGCGCAUGAGAUCGAAGAAGAGAAGAGGCAAGAGGAAGAGAAGCGACAGGAAGAGCAGGCACGAGAACAGACCGAGAAGCAGGCUACCGCGCAGGAUUCUGAAGCAGCCCAAGCCGAGCCGGUGGUUGAAUGCGAAGCGAGUAGAAAACGGAGUCCAAACCGAGUGGGAUUCCUCAUUUCUUCCCCCCUCCCCCCCCACCCACCUUGGCUGAACCGGUGUACUGACGCUGGUAGAUACACCCGUGCGUUGCAGGACCGCAUCGCCUACCUUGAGUCCCAGUUGGAAUCCAGACCCCUGAGUAGCCGGGCCAGUAGCCAUGUCGCCCAUCCAGUUGCUGCACUCCUUUCCCCCCAGAAUUCGGACACGCCGACGAAUUCGGCAACCGGUCUUGAUCAAAAUGCUGUGGGGGAGUUGGUGGGGUUCCUUGCGCUCAACUCUUCGGAGGCGCCUGCGUACGUGGGCUCCAGCUCAGGCCUCUCCCUGGCUACAAGUCUGGGGGAAAUGGUUCAAGCUACGGUGUGGAACCAGGCUCUGUCCUCUACACGAACAGCUGCAGCUGGUAGAUCUGGGCCUGCAGCGAGGCAAGGAACCACGGGCCUGCCCCCUCAGCCUUCUGGUGUAGAGAGGAAAGGUACUAGCAGUGACCGGACUCGACCGCCACGAGCUGAGGAAGGGUUUGUUCAGGGCAGCGAACCUCCUAACGAUGAGAUGGGAACGCAGAUUCUCCACGCCUAUCUAACACGGAUCCAUGUCCGCUAUCCGUUUCUCGACCGCACGGAGUUAUGGCGCCUGCAUGAGGCCCGCUGGCGUCUGGCGCAGAAGAAGCGAGAGGAACUUACCAAGGAGGAACGGUUUGGAAUUUUCCAGUUGUAUCUCGUGUAUGCGAUCGGAGCUACAACCAUUCAGAUCAGCGAGACCUACACAUAUAUUUCCCCAGAGCGUUUCUACGUGACCGGGCUGCAGCAUGUACCGAAUAUGUGUGAAAUGCGAUCUGUCGAGAACAUUGUAGCUAUGGCGUUGUUAAUUGUGUAUCACCUCCGCUCUGCAUCCAGCCAGGGUAUGUGGUACAUGGUGGGCCUCGCCAUGCGCACUGCUAUCGACCUGGGGCUCCAUCGAAAGGCAAAUGAGAGCAACAUGGAUCCCUUUACUGCGCAGAUGCGGCGUCGUCUGUUCUGGACCGUCUAUUACCUGGAACGUGUCGUUUCGAUGUCCCUGGGCCGGCCGUUCAGCAUCGCCGACAGACACAUCGACCUUCCUUUGCCAGCCGAUGUUGACGACGAUGUCCACGAUCCAGCCUUGCUAGCCGCGCCUACUCCCACUAGGAUUACAACCUUGACCUUUGCCAUAUUCCUCAUGCGACUGCGCCGCAUUGACUCGGAGAUCCAGCAUAAGAUUUACCGGGCUGAUCGACCCCUGCACACUCUACGCUCUAAGAUGGACCGUCUUUUCCUCAAGCUCGACGAGUGGAGGGAAUCGGCCCUGCGGCGUUUCAGCGGAUCCGACUUGGACUAUCCAAUGCUGCACUAUAACCGAGCUUUACGACUCCUGAUCCAGCCAUUCCUCCCCUCGCUUCCUCUUUCGGAUCCAUACUAUCACAUCUGUCUCCGUGCGGCCGGAAAUACAUGCCAGACCCACAAGAGGUUACACCAGACGCUAGAGUACGGGCACUCCUUCCUUGCUGUCCAGACCGUCUUCAUGGCCGGGAUCACUCUGUUGUAUGCCCUCUGGACGCACACGAACGAAGUCUGGUCGGUCCAGAUGAGCAACGACAUCCGUGCCUGCUCGACCGUCUUAUUUGUCAUGGGCGAGCGAGCCGAAUGGGUCAAGAAAUACCGCGAUGCAUUCGAGCUGCUAGUCAAUGCAGCCAUGGAAAAGCUAGAGGGGAACGAUGCGUCCAGAAAGGUGGGUAUGGCAGAGCUAAUGACGGCCCAACACCGCGGGGGUACCAAUGCAGGAAUGUUCAGGGACCGUCAUCCCAGAUCUAAUCCAAGCUCCGCUGGCGUGGUGCCCGAUCUGAACCAAGCAGCACAAGCGGACCCAACCAGUCAGGACCAUGGCGUGCGAAUGGCCUUACAGAUCGCCCCUUGGAUUGAUCUCGAAGAAGACAGUCCGUUUUGGAUGCCUGACUUCGAGACCCUGGAAACUCUUUCAGGAAGUUUGUGGGAUAGUGGCGAUCUAGCUCCGUUUGGACCCCUCUGA